AUGUUGACUUUCUUCCAGCUGCUGUGCUGUGGGCAGACUUACGCAGAGAGAACCAUGAUUCUGCUGACUCCAUCCUCUGGUAAGUGCUUGUUUCUGGGUGCCCCUGGGCAAACAUGCAUGACAAGGUUUUGAUGAUCUGUGUCAACACUAGAGCCCCUGGUAAGAAUCAUGCAAAACUUGUUUCAGAAAAUGUAAAUCCUGUUUUAUAAGUGUAGUGAUAAAGUACUGUUGUAAGAUAUACAGUAUUUGAGGGUAGAUACAGUAGAUGGAAAUAGUCAACCCCAAAGGGUCAAGGCAAAGACAGACACAAGCAUGUGAAGAGCCGUGUUGAGGAAAACCUGUGUUGAGGACAGCUAUGAGCCACUAGGUAUAAUGACGAUAAUAAUAAUAAUAAUAAUAAUAAUGAGGUGUUUAGGUGCUGUAGUUAACAUGGAUGUGAGUGUAGUUUUUUCACAUCUGAGAUCAGGUUUUUCCCUUAUACUUACUUGUACUAGCUUAGAGUUAUAGCAAGUUGUCAACUUUGAAAUGAUAUAGUGGAUAAUACAUAUUGUUACUCAUCAACAUUAAAUAUAUAAUUUAAUGUUAAUACAGGUUGUAUGUGAUUAUGUAGAUUGUAAUUGAAUGCUACAGCAAUAUCCUUUUUAUUUUUUAUUUUCUUGAUGUACUGUAGCACCUUUUUUUUCCGAAGAGUGUAGGAUCAGGUCCCCCCCUUUCUUAUUCAUUAUAAUCUAAAAGGCAAAACUGGUCCUAGAUCAGCACUUCUACUCAGAGACACUGAAUAUGGGCCCAGAAAUACUAACUUAAAAGUGUGAAUGUGUCUAGCUCUGGCUUGAUACUUGGAUGGUAUUUAUCAGUGGUGAGACAGUAUUGACUGUCUGGAUUAGGGAUCAGACCUGGUGUAUCCUUUCUUGUGAAACACAAGAUGGCUAUUUUUCUUUUUCCGGAAGAGUAAGAAGUGUAUUUCUGUCCUAACUGGGUUACUAUUUCAAUAUUUUCAAGUAUUUGUUGACAUUCUAGGCUAAACAGACAAAGCUUAGUGGAAGUUACUGUAAAUAUAACUGCUUAUUGAUUCGGCAUAGUUUACCAUUUUGGGUUUUCUGGUUAGGUUGUAGAAAGCCAGGUAAUGUAAAAUGUAAAUCGGAAAUGAGAAGCAUGCUUGUCAAGUGAACUUAACUUCUUCUAAGAAGUUGUUGUUGGCUUGUGCUGUGUCUCAUACACUGUUUUCUUUCAGAUGAAGAGUCUGUUGAACUCGACUGGCUUUGGAAUCACACGAAGUUCUGUGUGCAAAACAGAAUAGUAGGAACAUGACUUUAACCCCUUUUCACGUACAGACGUUAGUUUGUUAGACUAUUUUAGUUUUAAAAAAAAAGUUGCUAUGGUAACCUUUUUAUUUAUGUUUAUUUUAUUUAGUGGUAUGUGGGUCUUUGUCUGCGAAGACACCCUCUUUGCUACUUCUGUGUGAAAUCUAAACUCACUAGUGGAGCCACAGACACUCAAGAAAAAAGAUCCCUUUGUUUGCCUUAAUUAAAAACCCUCACAGCAUUGCAAGGAACAAAAACAGCUCUGGCCAUAGUGAAGCAGCUUGCAUCAUUAGACCUUCCAGCUUGCUAAGUAAGAUGACCUAUACAUGAUGCCUUUCAAUAUGUUUAAAGAUUCUGUCAUUAUUAAUUAAAUGAAAGUCAAAUUAAAUUGCCCUUACAUUAUUUGAUUACUUUAAUAACUGUAAUGGAAUUACUCAGUAUUAUACAGUUACUUCUGAUAGGAACGUUGUGAUAUAACAGUACUUGGUUUCCAAAUAACAAAUGUAUAAGGAAACUGUAUUUGCAAGUAAUUACCAUGACAUUUCCACAAACUAUGACAAAGACAGAAAACAGGCAAACUGUUAAAUAUUGAUGCUUUUUAAUGGCUACCCAUCCAUGUGAAAGUUGCUGCCAUGUGUUUGUCAUUGUUCCAGGUCACUGGUUUUGCCAGUCAACCAGCUUAAUGAAUCAACAGCCCUGUAGAGUCAAUAUCUCAGGGUUGCACUAUAGUACUAUGUGUGGAGGAUAGUCCAUUACUAUAGUACUAUGUGUGGAGGAUAGUCCAUUACUAUAGUACUAUGUGUGGAGGAUAGUCCAUUACUAUAGUACUAUGUGUGGAGGAUAGUCCAUUACUAUAGUACUAUGUGUGGAGGAUAGUCCAUUACUAUAGUACUAUGUGUGGACAGUCCAUUACUAAAUCAUAGUACAAUGUAUGCACAGUCCCUUACUCCCUCCCCACCAGUCUCUCUCUGCUAUAAAUGUACUAUAUAUUUGCAAAAUAAGUAUUUAAUGCGUCAAUAUGACUGACAAUAUUGACACUAUCAAAUGGUGUUUACUGUACAUACUGAGACAGCCCCCUCAUUUGAAUGUUUUAUUCUGAAAAGUGGAUUAGUCUAUCGAAUGGUGGGUCUCCAAUAAACGUACAUACUACUUGGUAAGUGCUACUACUUUUUAUUAGCUACAUUAAUCCAUUUUGUAUAGGUUUGUAAAUAAUGUACAAUUUGUAUAUUAAAAAGGAAGUUUCUUUGCAAAUAUUCAUUCUUUGAUAACAAAAUACAUGAUUUAAUAUUGUAUAACAGUAUUAUAUUGUGUAAUUUUUGAAGCACAAUCUAAACCACUUGGGAAUUUUAUUUAGGUUCUCCCAUAUACUCAAAAUCUGCUGGUUACAAGUACUACUGUAGGUUGAAUGCUGUAGGGUUGGUGCAUGGGGCUUUACUGUUGCCCUUUAAUUUUCACUCAUAUUUUUUUUCUCCAUAUCUUGGUACAGCUGCUGAUUGCUGUCCUGGUCUUGAAGAGGGGCCACAUAAGUAGCAAGUCAAUAAGCCAAAUGAGCCAAACAAGUUAAAGCUGAUCAUUUGCAAAAAAAAUUGUUAUACCAAUGAUUGUUUCGCGUGUUUGGUUUGUUUGAGAUAUCCGUUUAAACAGGAUGGCACUUUUGACAUACUGUACACUAGUUUAAGUAUGGCCGUCAGAUAUGAUAUGGUCCUAUCAUAUCUGUAGUGUUUUAGCUACAAUCCUCUUCAGAGCAGCUAAGUGAACCUAAAAUACACCACCAGCUAAUAGCAAUCACUGUCCUCACUGUUCUCAGGUUUCUUCCAGCACACCAAUAAGCUUUUUCUGAGCGAGCAGGCCACUGGUGUCCAGCUCAAGGAGUUUGUACGCAAAAAUGCAGCCAAUGCUCUGUCUAUGGCCAACAUGCUUAUGGGCAUGGCCUCCAUUCUCUGCAGCCUGAACGGGUGAGUGAACACACAUUUCAGUAUCUGAUUUUCUUUAAGAAACUAUAGUAUAGCUUAAAUGGAUAAUGUUUCUACUGCUAAAUGGAUUUGUAAAUGGCAGAAUUAUGUCAUAAUAGCUCAUCUGUGUUGAGGCAUAUUGUUCUCAAAACAAGUUUGAAUGUUGUAUUAACAGUUGACACAAAUGCGGGUCCUGCCAAAAAAGCUGAGCUGUUGAGGGAAGACCAAGAUUAAUACAAGCAGCUUAUCAAGGUCAGGUCAUCUGGCCUUCAGCUCUAAAACAUUAUACAGCACACUUCAAACACCACCCUUGAAGCGUUAUUGAAGUUAAAUAAUAUACACUCGGUGGCCAGUUUUAGGUAUACCUAUCUAGUACCGGGUCAGACCCCCCUGUGCCUCCAGAACAGCUUGAAUUCUUCGGGGCAUAGAUUCUACAAGGUGUGGCAUUCAAACAUUGCUCAAUUAUCAAGGGACCUAACGUGUUCCAGAAAAUACCACUGCCACCAACCUGUACCAUUGUCACCAGGCAGGAUGGGGCCAUGGACUCAUGCUGCGUACGCCAAAUACUGACUCUGCCAUCAGCAUGACGCAACAGGAACCGGGAUUCGUUGGACCAGGCAAUGUUUUUCCACUCCUCAAUUGUCCAGUGUUGGUGAUCGCUUGCCCACUGGAGCCACUUCUUCUUGGUUUUAGCUGAGACGAGGGGAACCUGGUGUGGUCAUCUGAUGCAAAAGCCCAUCCGUGACAAGGACCAACGAGUUGUGCGUUCCGAGAUGCCGUUCUGCUCACCACUGUUGUAUUGCGCUGUUAUUUGCCUGUUUGUGGCCCGCCUGUUAGCUUGCACGAUUCUUGCCAUUCUCUUUCUACCUCUCAUCAACGAAAUUGCCACUGAUGUUUUUUUGUUUAUCGCACCAUUCUCGGUAAACCUUAGACCAGGGGUCUCCAACCUUUUCUAGCAUGCGAGCUACUUGUCACGAGCUACACAUUUUUGCUUUCAAAUGGGCACAUUCUUCUCUCCCCUGCAACUCUUCCCCGGGUUCUCUUGCACACUAUUUUCUGUCAAUAUACCUGGUAAAAUAAUGGUUAAUAAACUACUCUAAGGGGGCACUAUAAAACCUAAAAAAUAUAUUUAUCCCAAAUUAUGCUUUAUAUUUUCCCAAAUUAUGUUCUCAGUUAACUUUUUUGUGGUUUUAGACUUUUUGAUUUUCACUCUCAAAAUGAUUAUAUAUUUCUUUGGUAAUUCCUCUUUUAAUUGUGCAUCUCGCUCUUUAAUUGUGCAUCUCGCUCUUUAAUUGUGCAUCUAGCGAGUGAGGAAUGUGCACUUUCUUUUGUAACAGUAUUUUUAUUGGAAUUUCACAAUUUUCUCUCAUAUUAAGAGAUACAAUAACAAAGAUGUUUAUAUACAGUGGGGAGAACAAGUAUUUGAUACACUGCCGAUUUUGCAGGUUUUCCUACUUACAAAGCAUGUAGAGGUCUGUAAUUAUUAUCAUAGGUACACUUCAACUGUGAGAGACAGAAUCUAAAACAAAAAUCCAGAAAAUCACAUUCUAAGAUUUUUAAGUAAUUCAUUUGCAAUUUAUUGCAUGAAAUAAGUAUUUGAUACAUCAGAAAAGCAGAACAUAAUAUUUGGUACAGAAACCUUUGUUUGCAAUUAGAGAGAUCAUACGUUUCCUGUACGUUUCCUGUUUGCAGAGAUCAUACGUUUCCUGUAGGUCUUGGACCAGGUUUGCACACACUGCAGCAGGGAUUUUGGCCCACUCCUCCAUACAGACCUUCUCCAGAUCCUUCAGGUUUCAGGGCUGUCGCUGGGCAAUACGGACUUUCAGAUCCCUCCAAAGAUUUUCUAUUGGGUUCAGGUCUGGAGACUGGCUAGGCCACUCCAGGACCUUGAGAUGCUUCUUACGGAGCCACACCUUAGUUGCCCUGGCUGUGUGUUUCGGGUCGUUGUCAUGCUGGAAGACCCAGCCACAACCCAUUUUCAAUGCUCUUACUGAGGGAAGGAGGUUGUUGGCCAAGAUCUCGCGAUACAUGGCCCCAUCCAUCCUCCCCUCAAUACGGUGCAGUCGUCCUGUCCCGUUUGCAGAAAAGCAUCCCCAAAGAAUGAUGUUUCCACGUCCAUGCUUCACGGUUGGGAUGGUGUUCUUGGGGUUGUACUCAUCCUUCUUCUUCCUCCAAACACAGCGAGUGGAGUUUAGACCAAAAAGCUCUAUUUUUGUUUCAUCAGACCACAUGACCUUCUCCCAUUCCUCCUCUGAAUCAUCCAGAUGGUCAUUGGCAAACUUCAGACGGGCCUGGACAUGCACUGGCUUGAGCAGGGGGACCUUGCGUGCCGUGCAGGAUUUUAAUCCGUGACGGCGUAGUGUGUUACUAAUGGUUUUCUUUGAGACUGUGGUCCCAGCUCUCUUCAGGUCAUUGACCAGGUCCUGCCGUGUAGUUCUGGGCUGAUCCCUCACCUUCCUCAUGAUAAUUGAUGCCCCACGAGAUGAGAUCUUGCAUGGAGCCACAGACUGAGGGUGAUUGACCGUCAUCUUGAACUUCUUCCAUUUUCUUAUAAUUGCGCCAACAGUUGUUGCCUUCUCACCAAGCUGCUUGCCUAUUGUCCUGUAGCCCAUCCCAGCCUUGUGCAGGUCUACAAUUUUAUCCCUGAUGUCCUUACACAGCUCUCUGGUCUUGGCCAUUGUGGAGAGGUUGGAGUGUGUGGACAGGUGUCUUUUAUACAGGUAACAAGUUCAAACAGGUGCAGUUAAUACAGGUAAUGAGUGGAGAACAGGAGGGCUUCUUAAAGAAAAACUAACAGGUCUGUGAGAGCUGGAAUUCUUACUGGUUGGUAGGUGAUCAAAUACUUAUGUCAUGCAAUAAAAUGCAAAUUAAUUACUUAAAAAUCAUACAAUGUGAUAUUCUGGAUUUUUGACCUCUACAUGCUUUGUAAGUAGGAAAACCUGCAAAAUCGGCAGUGUAUCAAAUACUUGUUCUCCCCAUUGUGUGUGUGUGUGUGUGUAUGUAUGUAUGUAUGUAUGUGUAUAUAUAUAUAUAUAUAUAUAUAUAUAUAUAUAUAUAUAUAUAUAUACACAUACAAUUAAACAAACAUACAGACAGAAAUUAAACACAAAAGCUCAGUUUAAAUAAAGGAAUUAGGUCCAACACAUGGAACGUACACUGUAAUCCUGAGACAAGUAAACAAUCACCAUUCUAAGAAAAAUCCUUGCAGCAUAAUAGCUGAUAAAUCAGGUUCUAGGUCAUUUAAAUAAGGUUCCCAUACUUUGUAGAACUGAUCAGUUUUAGAAUGUAAUGUACAUGUCAGAUAUUCCAAUGGCACCCAUUCAAAUAGUAUCUUAUGCCAAUCUUUAAUAGACGGGACCUUGUCACUAAUCCACUGUAAGAAGAUGUUUUUCCUCGUUGCGAAGGUAAGGAUGUUGUGAAGCCUCCUCUUACCCACAGAAGUAACAUGCCUACUAGGGAGACCUAACAGCAAAGAAACUUGAUCCAAUUCUAGGUCGCCCCUAGGAUUUUUUCAAUUUCUUGAAGAACAUUAGACCAGUAUCUUUGUAAUUUGGAACAUGACCAUAAACAAUGUGUUAGGGUGCCUGUAUCAAUUUUACAUUUAAAGACACUGAGGAGAGGAGGAGGAGGAUGGACAAAAAGCAUGUCUGCGAUUUGGGGAUAUAUGCAAUCUGUGUAUUAUUCUUAAUUGGAUUGCUCUAGGACGAGUACAGAUAGAUAUUGUUUUUGCAUAUCUCCAAAUGUCCUCCCACAUCACCUCAUCAAUAGUAACAGACAACUAUUUAUCCCACAGUCGCUUCACCCUCUGUGUGUCAACAAUAGAAAAUGACCUUAAAGCAUCAUAAAACAAACUUAGAGACAUUUUCCUUUGUGAGAGAAAAAGCAUUCUUUCAAUGACAGACACAUCAGGGUUGCCAAUCAAGGUGGUGCUCUUCAAAAUAUAGUGUCUUUCUUGUAGAAAGUGGAAAAAGUCCUGCUUUGGGAGUCAAUAUUUCUCAACCAUCUGCUCAAAUGACAAUAAAAUCUUAUCAGCAAAUAAAUCAUUUAGUCUGCAUAUGCCCUUAUUAAGCCAAAUGAAAAAAAGCUGGGUUGUUAAGAAUUGGGGUAAGAGCAGGGGUUAGUUUGGACCUUCCCAAAAAAUGUUGAACUGACCUCCAUCCUUUGAGUGUGUUAAGUGUAAUGGAAUUAUUGCAGUGAUCAUUUACAGACUUGAAACUUCUGAAAAAUAAAAGAUCCUGCAAGGGGUAUUUUGAAAAAGAAGUCUCAAUGUCUAACCAAAUAGAGGAGUCAUCAUUUGUGAUCCAGUCAGAAAUAUAACAUAAGUGGGCACACCACUAAUAAAACCUAAUAUUGGGCAGAUCCAAGACGCCCAUAGAACCUGGCAGCUGCAAUAUUGCCAUCUUAAGCCUUAGCUAGCAUUUACUCCGUAUGAACGAACUAAACCAGCCAUUUAAAUAUUUUAUUACCUUAUUGGAAAGUAAGACUGGGAUCAUUUGGAUUGGGUAAAGUAGUAUAGGUCAAAUGUAAAUGUUCAAGAGGGAUAUUCUACCUAACCAUGAUAUCGGAAGAGUUCCAGCUCUCCAGAUCCUGUCUUAUUGUAUUAAACAAGGGAACAAAAUUGGCUUUGUACAUUUGCUGGAAUUUAGGAGUUAGGAAUAUACCCAGAUACGUAAACCCUGAGGGAGAUCAUUUAAAAGGAAAGGGGGGAGAGGUAGUAGGUACAGAGCUAAGACUACCAAGUGGCAUACCCGCUGAUUUAGUUCAAUUUAUCUUGUAGCCUGAGAAUUCACUGAAUAAUUCAAUAAUAUUAACAAGAGAUGUAAUUGAAAUCUCGGGGCUAGAGAUGAAUAUCAGAACAUCAUCAGCAUACAAGCAUAUUUUAUGAUGAACAUCACCAAUGAGCAGACCCUGUAUAGCAGGCGUUACUCUGAUGGCCUCGGCCAGUGGUUCCAUAGUGAGUGCAAAUAGGAGAGGGGACAAAGGACAGCCCUGCCUCGUACCUCUGUGUGUGGAGAAGCUAUUUGACCUUAGCCCAUUAGUAAGGACAGCAGCCUGAGGGUCAUCAUAUAAAACCUUAACCCAUUUUAUAAAGUUGUCCCCUAGACCAAAUUUAGUCAGAGCAAAGAAUAGGUAGGACCCCUCCAGGUCAAAUGUAUUCUCAGCAUCUAGGGAGAGCACAAGACCAUCCAUAGCACUUUGUUGAUAGGUUUGAAUAACAUUAAGAAGCCACCUGACAUUGUUACAUGACUUACGGCCCUUAAUGAAGCCAGUUUGGUCCCCUUUCACAAUUAGUGGCAAUAAGUCCUCUAGUCAUGUGGCUAGGAUUUUAGAAAGCAAUUUUCUAUCCACAUUCAGACGGGCAAUGGGUCUGUACGAAGAACAAGACUCUGGGCAUUUUCCCUUUUUGAGAAUAAGUGAUAUGUUGGCUUCCCUCAGCGUUUGAGGGAGGUGGUCAUAUGAAAAUGAGUAGUUAAACAUAUCAAGCAAUGGCUCAAGGAUAAGGCCAUGGAACUCCUUAUAGAACUCACUACAAAACCCGUCUGGUCCUGGGGCCCUACUAUUUUGAAGACUCUUAAUUGCAAGCAUCUCUUCUAGGGGCAUUAAGGAGAGACCUCUGUUCUUUGGAAAUAGUAGGGAGCGCAAUCAAAGUCCUCCAUUAGUUUGGGUGCAUCAUUUGUCAGUUCUGAGGCAUAAAGAUUUGCAUAACAUUCCUUAAUUUAUCUAUUUAUUUUCAUAUAAAUGGUUGCUAUCAGAAUCAGUAAUAGUAGCAAUUGACUGGGAGUCAGCUCUCUUUUUAGCUAGGUACGCCAAAUAUUUUCCUGGUUUAUCGCGAUGUUCAUAAAGCUUUUGCCUGACAAAUCUCAUUUUCUUUUCAGUGUCCUGUGUUAGGAGAGAGUCCAACAUUGAUCUAAGGACUGAUAUUUCCUUUAAUAGGGCAGGAGUGGGAAUUUUAAUGUAGUCCUUCUCUUUAGUUCCUAAUUCACCCUCUAACGUUUAUUGCUUUUCGCAUUUUUUACGCCUCUUAGGGGCUGAGUAUGACGUAAUCAGACCCCUGGUGUACGCUUUACAGGUUUCCCAAAUGAGUGAGCGGUUAUAUGUUGAUUGAGAGUUAAUAGAGAAAAAUGCUUUAAACUCUGUAAUAAAAUAUGACGUAAAUGUAUGGUCUUUAAGAAUGGUUGUAUUCAAUCUCCAAUGUCUUGAUGGAUUGAGUGCCACUGAGUUUUAUGUCCAGGAUCACCUCAGCAUGAUCAGAUAUGACUAUGCUUCCUAUAUUAGCAGAUACGACAGACUGCAAAGACGUCCUGGGCAUAAAAAAGUAAUCUAUUCUAGUCUGACAUCCAUGAGGUGCAGAGAAAAAGGUGAACUCUCUGUUGGAGGGAUGAAAGGUUCUCCAAACAUCAGCAUACCCCAGAUCAUCACAAAUAGCUUCAAGCGACCUAGCUUGAGGAGAGGGUGAAGCUAUGCCACUGGGAAACUUGUAAAUAAGGGGGUUCAACAAACAAUUAAAAUCUCCUCCAACCACUGCGGUGUCUGAGUUUAAUUCUGAGAAGUCUAGAAAUACCUUAGUGAGUAAAUCAGGGGGGUGGGCAGGGGGACAGUAAAUAUUCAUUAUGGAAAUGUUCUGCCCUUGUAAAGUACUUUUAAUUUUAACAAAACGACCAAAUUUAUCUUUCACACAAUUCAACACCUUAAGUGGUAGGUUCUUUUUCACAAUAAUUGCCACACCUCUACUUCUGGAUGUAAAUGAUGAGAAAAACACUUGACCAAACCCCCCUUGUUGCAAUUUCAGAUGCUCCUUAUCAUCCAAAUAAGUUUCUUGCAACAGAGCAAUAUCAAUAUUUUCUUUUUUCAAAAAAUAUUGUACCUUUUAAUGGGGUUAUGGCUCCCUCUAACGUUCCAUGUACAUAAACGCAGUCUUAUUAUUAUUGCAUUUUGACCAACCAAUAUGCAGACUGAAUCCUACUGUAAAGAUAGGGUGGUACCUUAUUUACAUAAGGGUUGUGGGUUCGUUUCCCACGGGGGGCCAGUAUAAAAAUAUAUGCACUCACUAACUGUAAGUCGCUCUGGAUAAGAGCGUCUGCUAAAAUGUCAUGUUGAACUCUCCCCAUUCUCACCGAGCGUAAACAAACUACAGUGGGGAAAAAAAGUAUUUAGUCAGCCACCAAUUGUGCAAGUUCUCCCACUUAAAAAGAUGAGAGAGGCCUGUAAUUUUCAUCAUAGGUACACGUCAACUAUGACAGACAAAAUGAGAAAAAGAAAUCCAGAAAAUCACAUUGUAGGAUUUUUAAUGAAUUUAUUUGCAAAUUAUGGUGGAAAAUAAGUAUUUGGUCAAUAACAAAAGUUUCUCAAUACUUUGUUAUAUACCCUUUGUUGGCAAUGACACAGGUCAAACGUUUUCUGUAAGUCUUCACAAGGUUUUCACACACUGUUGCUGGUAUUUUGGCCCAUUCCUCCAUGCAGAUCUCCUUUAGAGCAGUGAUGUUUUGGGGCUGUCGCUGGGCAACACGGACUUUCAACUCCCUCCAAAGAUUUUCUAUGGGGUUGAGAUCUGGAGACUGGCUAGGCCAGUCCAGGACCUUGAAAUGCUUCUUACGAAGCCACUCCUUCGUUGCCUGGGCGGUGUGUUUGGGAUCAUUGUCAUGCUGAAAGACCCAGCCACGUUUCAUCUUCAAUGCCCUUGCUGAUGGAAGGAGGUUUUCACUCAAAAUCUCACGAUACAUGGCCCCAUUCAUUCUUUCCUUUACACGGAUCAGUCGUCCUGGUCCCUUUGCAGAAAAACAGCCCCAAAGCAUGAUGUUUCCACCCCCAUGCUUCACAGUAGGUAUGGUGUUCUUUGGAUGCAACUCAGCAUUCUUUGUCCUCCAAACACGACGAGUUGAGUUUUUACCAAAAAGUUAUAUUUUGGUUUCAUCUGACCAUAUGACAUUCUCCCAAUCCUCUUCUGGAUCAUCCAAAUGCACUCUAGCAAACUUCAGACGGGCCUGGACAUGUACUGGCUUAAGCAGGGGGACACGUCUGGCACUGCAGGAUUUGAGUCCCUGGCGGCGUAGUGUGUUACUGAUGGUAGGCUUUGUUACUUUGGUCCCAGCUCUCUGCAGGUCAUUCACUAGGUCCCCCCGUGUGGUUCUGGGAUUUUUGCUCACCGUUCUUGUGAUCAUUUUGACCCCACGGGGUGAGAUCUUGGGUGGAGCCCCAGAUCGAGGGAGAUUAUCAGUGGUCUUGUAUGUCUUCCAUUUCCUAAUAAUUGCUCCCACAGUUGAUUUCUUCAAACCAAGCUGCUUACCUAUUGCAGAUUCAGUCUUCCCAGCCUGGUGCAGGUCUACAAUUUUGUUUCUGGUGUCCUUUGACAGCUCUUUGGUCUUGGCCAUAGUGGAGUUUGGAGUGUGACUGUUUGAGGUUGUGGACAGGUGUCUAUUAUACUGAUAACAAGUUCAAACAGGUGCCAUUAAUACAGGUAACGAGUGGAGGACAGAGGAGCCUCUUAAAGAAGAAGUUACAGGUCUGUGAGAGCCAGAAAUCUUGCUUGUUUGUAGGUGACCAAAUACUUAUUUUCCACCAUAAUUUGCAAAUAAAUUCAUUAAAAAUCCUACAAUGUGAUUUUCUGGAUUUUUUUUCCUCAAUUUGUCUGUCAUAGUUGACGUGUACCUAUGAUGAAAAUUACAGGCCUCUCUCAUCUUUUUAAGUGGGAGAACUUGCACAAUUGGUGGCUGACUAAAUACUUUUUUCCCCACUGUAUAUGAACCCUGAACCCGAACUAUACUACAGCCGAAAAAUAAAUAUGUAAAGAUCCAAAGGGGGGUUUUCCCGCUAGCUAACAUGCAGGGGAUUUCAACUCUCCAAUGUAGACUCUUAAGUCUGCAUAACCACUCUAUAGCCUCAUCCUUUAUACAUUGGCUUGCAAAAGUAUUCACCCCCCUUGACAUUUUUCCUAUUUUGUUGCCUUACAACCUGGAAUUAAAAUAGAUUUUUUGGGGGGUUUGUAACAUUUGAUUUACACAACAUGCCUAUGACUUUGAAGAUGCAAAAUAUUUUGUAUUAUGAAACAAACAAGACCUUGAGCGUGCAUAACUAUUCACCCCCCCUCCCCAAAGUCAAUACUUUGUAGAGCCACCUUUUGCAGCAAUUACAGCUGCAAGUAUCUUGGGGUAUGUCUCUAUAAGCUUGGCAUAUCUAGCCACUGGGAUUUUUGCCCAUUCUUCAAGGCAAAACUGCUCCAGCUCCUUCAAGUUGGAUGGGAUCCGCUGGUGUACAGCAAUCUUUAAGUCAUACCACAGAUUCUCAAUUGGAUUAAAGUCUGGGCUUUGACUAGGCCAUUCCAAGACAUUACAAUGUUUCCCCUUUAGCAGUAUGCUUAGGGUCAUUGUCCUGCUGGAAGGUGAACCUCCGUCCCAGUCUCAAAUCUCUGGAAUACUGAAACAGGUUUCCCUCAAGAAUUUCCCUGUAUUUAGCGCCAUUCCAUCAUUCCUUCAAUUCUGACCAGUUUCCCAGUACCUGCUGAUAAAAAAAAUUUUGUUUUGGAAUGGUGUUCUCAGGGUGAUGAGAGGUGUUGGGUUUGCACCAGACAUAGCGUUUUCAUUGAUGGCCAAAAAGCUCAAAUUUAGUCUCAGAGUACCUUCUUCCAUAUGUUUGAGGAGUCUCCCACAUGCCUUUUGGUGAACACCAAACGUGUUUGCUUAUUAUUUUCUUUAAGCAAAGGCUUUUUUCUGGCCACUCUUCCGUAAAGCCCAGCUCUGGAGUGUACGGCUUAAAGUGGUCCUAUGGACAGAUACUCCAAUCUCCGCUGUGGAGCUUUGCAGCUCCUUCAGGGUUAUCUUUGGUCUCUUUGUUGCCUCUGAUUAAUGCCCUCAUUGCCUGGUCCGUGGGUUUUGGUGGGUGGCCCUCUCUUGGCAGGUUUGUUGUGGUGCCAUAUUCUUUCCAUUUUUUAAACCCUGAGCUGUACUUCUCCACAACUUUGUCCCUGACCUGUUUGUAGAGCUCCUUGGUCUUCAUGGUACCGCUUGCUUGGUGGUGCCCCUUGUUACUGGGGCCUUUCAGAACAGGUGUGUGUGUAUAUAUACUGAGAUCAUGUGACAGAUCAUGUGACACUUAGAUUGCACACAGGUCGACUUUAUUUAACUAAUUAUGUGACUUCUGAAGGUAAUUGGAUGCACCAGAUCUUAUUUAGGGGCUUCAUAGCAAAGGGGGUGAAUACAUAUGCACUUACCACUUUUCCGCUAUUUAUUUUUUAGAAUUCUUUGAAACAAGUUAUUUGUUUAAUUUCACUUCACCAAUUUUGACUAUUUUGUGUAUGUCCAGUACAUGAAAUCCAAAUAAAAAUCUAUUUAAAUUACAGGUUGUAAUGCAACAAAAUAGUGAAAAUGCCAAGGGGGAUGAAUACUUUUGCAAGGCACUGUAUAUAUGAAAAUCAAUAAAAGAAGAUUGAGGCUCUUCCACCUAAAACCAAACAUGGGCACCAAUAUAGAUUCACACAGAUCUCAUUCUGAGCUAUGGUGGCAGUUACUUUAGCAAGGAAAAUUAUUUGUAAAAAAAUAUUACUGAACAUCACUGCUUCAUGAUCAGAUUUGAAUAAAAAAGUUAUCCAAUGCUGCAAAAGCGCAGCGUAAAGUUAUUUACCCUAGAGAGUCAAUAAACGCAGCAGCCUCUUCAGGUGUGUAGAGCUUCUUAGGUGAACCGUUGACCACAAUCUUCAAUAUGGCCGGGUACAGCAUGCGUAAUCCAUCUUCAUUCUCUUGAGUCGAACAUUCACCACCUCAAACGCCUUGCGUCUUCGUACAACCGCCAUGGAGUAAUCAUUGAAGAAUGAGAUCCUUGGACCUUGACGUUGAAUACCGUCAGAUCCGAUGCGUCUGGCCACAUCCAUGACGCGCUGCUUGUCGGUGAAGUUGUGGAACUUUAUAACCACUGACGUGGGCGCUGGUUGGGACCGGGUAUCAGUGCUUGAGAGCGAUGGGCUCUAUCCAGCUUCACACGUCCAGCCUUAGUAUCUAUUUGUAGGUAGCCAGGAAUCCAUUCUUCAAAGAAUUUAACUGAACGUGUCCCUUCAGUAUUUUCCGGGAGUUCCACCACACGGAUAUUGCAUCUGCGCCCUCGAUUAUCCAAGUCAUCAAUGUGGUCUGCCAUUUCGUGCACCAGUCUCUCAAGUGCCUUUAUCUUAGUGUCCAUUGAUUUAGUUGAAGUUUCCACAGUAGCAAUUCUUCCUUCUGCUUCAUCAACACGCUUGACAACCUUCUGUAGUUAAGCUGAAUGGCCUGCUAUUGCUUCCAAGACCGUUCCUAUCUUGACAUCAAUCACUUUAGUAAUGUUAUCAGUCAUCCUUUGAAUCACCUGGUCCAUUGUUCCUUAAUCCGCAAUGGCAUUAGCUUCGCUAACAUUAGUAAGUGCCUCCUACACAUCUACAGGGGUGGUGGUUUUGGUUGAGUUCUUAGUAGUUCUAUUGGGCAUGUUGUCGGAAACUUUGGAGAAAUAGCCGUCAAGACACAUUCUAUCACUUUUUCAAGCUAGAAAAUGAAUAUAAAGAGAGAAAUUAACGAAUGCCACGGGAGCUCGCUGAAACACGGUGUUCUCUCUACAGCGCCAUUUUGUCCCCCCCCCCCCCCCCCCCCCCCCCGUAAUGUGCACUUUUAAUGUGCCGGUCUAGCGACGUUCUGGACUGCUGCUCAUUUCAUGGAAAAGUUUGCAAAUAACCGGUACAAAUGAUAUAUUGUACUUACUCAUGAUAUACUUCUGCCAAGUAAGCCUACUUUGCAGUUAACAUUUAAUUGAGAAGGUUUUGGGGAAAGUAUUUCUGUCAACCCACGAGGCGGUUAUCACUUCAACUGGCUACACACGGAGUGAUAGGCAAAUGUGCACACCACACAGACAGACAGGGGCUAUAUUGCUGGAAAUGAAUUGGCAGUUAUUGUGUUAGGUUUAGCUUUUUAAGCCAAUAGUGGCUAACCAGGGGUGGGAUAAUGUAAAUAUUGCGUUGAUUAGAUAGUAGCUGUGAGAUUUGUUUAUCACAGUUUGCGGUGGAACACGUGCAAAUUACAUGUAUUUUAAGAAUUGUUUUGUGAGCUACUCAUAGGUGGGCUGGGCUGUGAACAACUACUGGUAGCUCGAGAUCAACCUGUUGGAGACCCCUGGUCAUAAACUUGGACCUGUCUAGGUCUUACUGCCAUUAUUAUACGAUCAACCUGUUGGAGACCCCUGGUCAUAAACCUGGACCUGUCUUGGUCUUACUGCCAUUAUUAUAUGAUCAACCUGUUGGAGACCCCUGGUCAUAAACCUGGACCUGUCUUGGUCUUACUGCCAUUAUUAUACGAUCAACCUGUUGGAGACCCCUGCCUUAGACACUGUCGUGCGUGAAAAACCCAGGAGGCCAGCCGUUUCUGAGAUACUGGAAUCUGCGUGCCUGGCACUGACGAUCAUACCACGCUCAGUCGCAUAGGUUACUCGUUUUGCCCAUUCUAAUGUUCAAUCAAACAGUAACUGAAUGCCUCAAUAUCUGCCUGCUUUAUGUAGCAAGCCACAGCCACUUGACUCACUGUCUUUAGGAGCGAACCAUUUUCGUGAACUGGCCAGUGAGUGUAUAUGAAAUGUAUAUGGCAUGACAAGCCCUAAGUAAGAAGCUAAGUAAGUAGAAGAUACAGUAUAUCUUUUGCCAACAAAGCAGCCCUCGUGGUGUGCGACAUUGUCCUAAGUAAGUCCUGUGGUAACAAACAAGUAAUGCGUAGGUUAUAACUGUGUAUUUACAGUUUUAUCAUGUAAUGUCUUAGUAAGUACCUAGUGAUUUCUGUAUUGUAAAAUAAGAUGCUACCCAAUAUUUGACCCUCAUUUUUCAGCCACCAACAUGCUGCCUGCUGGCUGGUCCUGAUUGGCUACCUGCUGGAUUUGGCAGACGGGGCAGUUGCCAGGCGACUGGAUGCAUGCUCUGCACUAGGUGAGUUGAGUGGUGUCCAUUACCUCUGGCAAGGGCUAAACUUCGACUGAGACACUGAUGAUGCACUAGCCUGAAACAUGUUAGUUGUGAAAAUGACUAUGAGAGGGCAAGACCACACAAACAUCUGGAACCAGGCUAGUGAUGCACACAGCCCAGCCCUCUACUACAGGCACUGGUCAUUAUAGCUGAUGGAUCAAAUGGCCUAAAAGGCAACAGUUACUCCUUAAAAGACAGAAAAAGGAGGCAUGUAUAAUGCAGAGAAGAUAAUUUACUGACCUAAUUACAUAUUUUACAGAGGUAGAAGCAGAUCAGCAUACACUCUUAGGAAAAAAAGUUGCUAUCUAGAACUUAAAAGGGUUCUUUGGCUGUCCCUAUAGGAGAACCCUUUGAAGAUCUCUUUUUCCCCCCAGGUAGAACCCUUUUGGUUCCAGGUAGAACCCUUUCCACAGAGGGUUCUACAUGGAACCAAAAAGGGUUAUCCUAUGGGGACAGCCGAAGAAACCUUUUGGAAGUGUAGAUACAGUGCCUUCAGAAAGUAUUCACUUUUUCCACAUUUUGUUGUGAUACAGCCUGAAUUUAAAAUGGAUUAAAUUGAGAUUUUGUAUCACUGGUUUACACACAAUACCCCAUAAUGUCAAAGUGGAAUUAUGUUUUUAGACAUUUUUACAAAUUCAUAUAAAAUGUCAAGUAUUCAACCACUUUGUUAUGGCAAGCCUAAAUAAUUUCAGAAGUAAACAUUUGCUUAAGUUGCAUGUACUUACUGCGUGCAUUAAUAGUGUUUAACAUGAUUUUUGAAUGACUACCUCAUCUCUGUACCCCACACAUAAAAUUAUCUGUAAGGUCCCUCAGUCGAGCAGUGAAUUUCAAACACAGAUUCAACCACAAAUACCAGGGAGGUUUUCCAUUGCCUCGCAAAGAAGGGCACCUAUUGGUAGGGUAAAAAAAAGCAGACAUUGAAUAUCCCUUUGAGGAUGGUGAAGUUAUUAAUGACACUUUGGAUGGUGUAACAAUACACCCAGUCACUACAAAGAUACAGGCGUCCUUCCUGACUCCGUUACCGAAGAGGAAGGAAACCGGUCAGGGAUUUCACUAAUGGUGACUUUAAAACAGUUAGAGUUUAAUGGCUGUGAUAGGAGAAAACUGAGGAUGGAUCAACAACAUUGUAGUUACUCCACAAUACUAACCUAAAUGAAAGUGAAAAGAAGGAAGCCUAUACAGAAUACAAAUAUUCUAAAACCUGCAUGCUGCACAAGCAAAAUCCUAAAGGAAAACCUGCUUCAGUCUGCUUUCCACCAGACACUGGGAGAUGAAUUCACCUUUCAGCAGGACAAUAACUUAAAACACAAUGCCAAAUAUAUGCUGGAGUUGCUUACCUAGAGGACAUUGAUUGUUCCUGAGUGGCCUAGUUACAGUUUUGACUUAAAUCGGCUUCAAAAUCUAUGGGAAGACUUGAAAAUGGCUGUCUACCAAUGAUCAACAACCCCCUAAAAAAAUAUAUAUAUAUAUACAGUGCCCUCCACAAUUAUUGGCACCCCUGUUUAAGAUGUGGUCGAGGACUUCCAAAAAUUCUCCUUUUUUUUUAAACAACAUAGAACCCAAAUGCAAAAAAAUUGAAAAAUCCAACCUUUUAUUUAAGUACAUUACUUUGGUGUAAAAAAAAAAAUCACACAUUUAGAAAAAAAAAACACUUGAAAUCAUGUGUCCCACAAUUAUUGGCACCCCUGAUGUUAAUACUUUGUACAACCCCCUUUUGCCAACAAGACAGCACUUAAUCUCCUCCUAUAACAUUUCACAAGAUUGGAGAACACAGAGAGAGGGAUCUUUGACCAUUCUUCUUUGCACAAUCUUUCUAGAUCAUCCAGUGUCCUGGGUCCUCUCUUAUGCACUUUCCUCUUUAGCUCGCCCCACAGGUUUUCGAUUGGGUUGAGGUCUGGGGACUGAGAUGGCCAUGGGAGGACCUUGAGUUUGUGACUGCUGAACCAUUUUUGUGUAGAUUUUGCCACAUGUUUUGGAUCAUUAUCCUGCUGAAAGACUCAAUGACGACCCAUCUUCAGCUUUCUGGCAGAGGCCAUCAGGUUUUUAUUUAAAAUGUCCUGGUAGUUCAAAGCGUUCAUAAUGCCAUGCACCCUAACAAGGUUCCCAGGGCCUUUGGAAGAGAAAAAGGCCCACAGCAUCACAGAUCCUCCACCAUACUUCACGGUGGGCAUGAGGUGCUUUUCAGCAUACUCAUCUUUUGUUUUACACCAGACCCACUUAGAGUGUUUGUUGCCAAAAAGCUCAAUCUUAGUCUCAUCUGACCAAAGCACACGAUCCCAGUUGAAGUCCCAGUGCCGCUUAGCAAACUCCAGACGUUUACGUUUGUGAGUGUUAGUGAGAAAAGGCUUUUUCCUUGCAUGCCUCCCAAACAGCUUGUUGGCAUGUAGAGAGCGUCUGAUGGUUGUUUUGGAGACUUUGUGACCCCAAGAUGCAACUCUUUGAUGCAAUUCUGUGACAGUGAGCUUAGGACUUUUUUUUACUUAUCUUACCAUCCUCCUCACUGUGCGUUGUGGCAAGAUAAACUUGGGACCUCUUCCAGCCUUGUUUGUCACUGUUCCAGUUGUUUUAAACUUCUUAAUGAUUCCUCUGACUGUAGAUACGGGCAAGUUAAGGCGAGUGGCUAUUUUCUUGUAGCCAUUGCCUGACUUAUGAAGGUCGACACAAAUCUGCCUUACUUGAAUUGUGUGUUCUCUUGUCUUUGCCAUGUUGACAAAUGGGUAAGAGAAUUAGGCCUCUGUGUCACGUCAUAUUUAUACCCCAGGGAAACAGGAAGUCAUGAAUUACUAAUUAAAAGUUCCUAGAUACCCUGACCAACUUUAGCAACUACAGAAAAAUAUAUUUAAAAAAAAAUCAAUUAAAAUUUUCAGCGGAAUUGUUAGGGGUGCCAAUAAUUGUGGGACACAUGAUUUCAAGUUUUUUUUUUUCUAAAUGUGUGAUUUUUUUUUUUUACCACCAAAGUAAUGUACUUAAAUAAAAGGUUGGAUUUUUCUCUUUUUUUGCAUUUGGGUUCUAUGUUGUUUAAAAAAAAAGGAGAAUUUUUGGAAGUCCUCGACCACAUCUUAAACAGGGGUGCCAAUAAUAGUGGAGGGCACUGUAUAUAUAUAUAUAUAUAUAUAUAUAUAUAUAUCAGGUGUGCAAAGCUCUUAGUGACUUACCCAGAAAGACUCACAACUGUAAUUGCUGCCAAAUGGUGAUUCUAACAUGUAUUGACUCAGUGGUUUGAAUACUUAUGUACAUGAGAUUUCUGUGUUUUAUUUUCAAUAAAUGUGCAAACAUUUCUAAAAACAUGUUUUUCAUGGUCAUUAUGGAAUAUUGGGUGUAAAUGGGUGAGAUUGUUUUUUUAUUGAUUUUGAAUUCAGGCUGUAACACAACAAAAUGUGGAAUAAGUCAAGUGGUAUGAAUACUUUCCGAAUGCACUGUAAGUGACAGCAGGGAACUGGUUUUCCUUCUGAAGACCCCAUAAAAACACUCUUAAAUGACAGGGAGAUUCCAAAAGGCACCUAAAAGACAGCAAACCAAAGAACGUUGAGUUGCAUUGUGUACUUGCUGUCACUUUGCUAUCCUGAUCUGCUUCUAUCUCUGUCUUGUUGUUCUGAUCUGCUUCUAUCUUUGUAUGUAGUUCAAUAAAUUAUCUUCUCUGCAUUGCAAUGGCUCCAUGUCAUUGUUGAAUUGCCUCAGCCGUAGGGCUAUUUUAAAGACAUAGCUAACGUUUCCAUUUGUAAAAACUAUGUUGAUUAUAGCAAACUUUUAAGCAUACUCAAAUUGUACCCGACACAGCACAUUCUCCAAUGAUCACAACAUAAAAGUACAUACUUUGUACAUGACAACCUCCUGUGUGCAGAUAGUCACGUCUACACUACCGUGGUCACCACUGCUGCCUGAAAUAGCUCCCAGCAGGUGCACCACAAUGCGUCGUCACCCGGACAUUUCAAGGGCUUUGGCUUUGUGUCCCGACAGUAUUUUUCUGCAUGACUUUGCAGGUGGGUGUUGUUGUACCCCCCUUUUUGUGUCAAUUGAACAAUUACUUUCCGAUUUAAGCAGUCUAAUUCGGGGGGAUCAUGCUCCAAUUGUCUGUUUUAUCCCAAUGCUUUGGGCCCUCAGCAUAUCUGAAAUUGCUAGAAUUGUUGACCCCUGUGCUGUGGAAUUCCAUCUCGUUCAUUGGAGCUGGGGUCAGAAUCACCUCAUGCUCGCCGCUUGGUGAAAACAUGCUCCCUACUCAGGGGGGACAAAUAGACUGUGGCAUUUGGGAAUGUUGUUUACAGAGGAAAGUGGCAGGCCUAUAAGGCUGACACCAAAAUGUCCACUACAGACAAACACACAUACGCGCACAUACACUCACACACACCGAGAAGUAGGCCAUUGGCAUAAACAAGAUUAGAUAAACUUGUUUUGCCUUAUGUAAGAAGGCAUUAGCAGUAAACUAGCCUCACAUCAGUAGCAUGUUGAUCUGUGAUCUGUGUGAUUUAAGUCAUGAGACAAAUGUAUAACUAGUCACUUCCUGUCUUUCUGGUUCAGGGGCUAAACUGGAUGAUUUUGCAGAUUUCACAACCUUUGGGAUUGCAACUUCAUUGCUCCUGAGGACACAUGCCUUAAUGGACAACAUCCUGUGCAUGUGCUAUGUCCUGUCUGUGAUUGUCCGACUCUGCUUCUUCUCCAGCGGUAAGGAACUCCAUCAAGCAGAAAAAAAAGCAUGGUAUCCUUUGAAAUGAUAGCAUGAUCAAUUUAUAGACAGUCUACGGAAACAUCUCUUUGUGUAUUUACCAUUCAGAAGUUCAGUCUAGAAAAAAUUUGAAUCUUUGGGUAUUUCAGAUUCAGAAGUCCUUAUGUGGGUCAUGUCUCUCUUUCUGUGGUUAUUCAUCUACAGGCAUCCCCUUCAUGUACCGUGGCCUGCCAUGUAUCUACUCUUCUGCCAUCCUGGCCUGUCUCUCUCUUCUGACCGGAGGUAACAUGGUGAUCCUGCGGGUCACUGCGGUGGCCAUGAUCCUCUUCAUGGUCAACCAGGGCUUCUACCCUCACGACAGGGUCCUGGAGUCACAGGCCUGGAAGAAGGUGGUCUACGCUGGAGGUAAUACUCCAGACCAGUGUUUCUUAAUCCUGGUCCAGUGGACCCAAAGUAGUGCACAAUUUAGUUUUUGCCCUAGCACUACACAUCUUAUUCAACUGAUCAAAUGUUUGAUGAUGAGUUUAGUAGUGGAAUCAGGUGUGUAGUGCUAGCCUCAUACAACCAGCCUGAUCUCACAAGCUUACAUAAAUUAUUUGCUACACGGAUCAUUUAUGUAAGCUCGCAAGAUCAGGCUGGUUGUAUGAGGCUAGUGUAGUGCUAGGUCCUCAGGACCAGCAUUAAGAAACUGAACCAGUAGAAUAGGUAGUAGAGAGGAACUGAAUUAGCUCUUGAAAAAUAAAGGCAGAGGCUGCAUGACCGAAUUUAACCGCCCUGUUCCGCCCCCACCGGAUGCCUCUUCCCUAGAGCUAAACAGCUGUAUCACAUUCUGCGCAUCAUGUGUUACGUAGCUGCUCCCUUCACGUUUCUCACUUUACUCACUGUCAGUUGUGAAUUAUAUUUCUUCAAGUUUUACUGGUGAAACACCCAUGCUGCAUCUGCAUGCCAACCAUUAGAUCUCAAUCAGUUACAUGGGAAUAUGCAUUUAGAUAUUCUUGAAUUAUGUACAGUGUUUCGUGAGUUAAUUUUUAAGCCAAUGGUGCUUAACUGUAGCAUACCUGUGUUUUUGUUUCAAUCAAAGCACAUAUUUUGCCUAGUGGCGCAUGCUGUGUAAUUUUGGCCGCAUGAGUGAAAAAUGCGACCAUUCACACAAUCAUCCUAAAAUCUCACAAGAAAUUAGGUGGCUGUCUUACAUUAAUGUUAUGCUAUUAUAGUCGGUUCUGUUAUGUAGAAUACUAAUGAAUCAUUAUGUUAUCUUGCAGACAUUGAUUCAGCUUUGAUAUAACUUUAUUAAACAAGCACCAUUCUCCAUUCAUUGUUGAAAUUCGCCAGAGUAGCCUGUUCUCUCGGGGAGCUGAACGUUCUACAUGUGUCGGCGGGUCGUUCUUGAAUUGCGGUGUCAUUUAGAAAAAAAUAUGAUUUUUUAUCAAUGUAUUUGGGAAAAUCUUCCGAUUCUAAAUCAACUAAUAUGUCAGCUUCUGUCACGUUGUAUACGGAUUUGAAGACAGGCACAGGAAUACGUAAUAGGGUUUUUAUUUUCUCCAUCCAAUACAAGGUACGUCAUGAACAACAACAGGUACGAAGCCCAAAACAAACACGUGUGUGUAUAUAUAUAUUACACAGGGAUGUAACCCAAACAAAAGAGCGAGGUGGAAACCUUUUAAACAAUACACGGGACGAGACCCGUAAUACCAAGAGCACAAUACACGAGACAAACGGACAUGGGACAAUAAUCGACAAGGACAAUAGGGAACAGAGGGCGCAUAUACAGUGGGGGAAAAAAGUAUUUAGUCAGCCACCAAUUGUGCAAGUUCUCCCACUUAAAAAGAUGAGAGAGGCCUGUAAUUUUCAUCAUGGGUACACGUCAACUAUGACAGACAAAUUGAGAGAGAAAAAUCCAGAAAAUCACAUUGUAGGAUUUUUAAUGAAUUUAUUUGCAAAUUAUGGUGGAAAAUAAGUAUUUGGUCAAUAACAAAAGUUUCUCAAUACUUUGUAUACCCUUUGUUGGCAAUGACACAGGUCAAACGUUUUCUGUAAGUCUUCACAAGGUUUUCACACACUGUUGCUGGUAUUUUGGCCCAUUCCUCCAUGCAGAUCUCCUCUAGAGCAGUGAUGUUUUGGGGCUGUCGCUGGGCAACACGGACUUUCAACUCCCUCCAAAGAUUUUCUAUGGGGUUGAGAUCUGGAGACUGGCUAGGCCACUCCAGGACCUUGAAAUGCUUCUUACGAAGCCACUCCUUCGUUGCCCGGGCGGUGUGUUUGGGAUCAUUGUCAUGCUGAAAGACCAAGCCACGUUUCAUCUUCAAUGCCCUUGCUGAUGGAAGGAGGUUUUCACUCAAAAUCUCAUGAUACAUGGCCCCAUUCAUUCUUUCCUUUACACGGAUCAGUCGUCCUGGUCCCUUUGCAGAAAAACAGCCUCAAAGCAUGAUGUUUCCACCCCCAUGCUUCACAGUAGGUAUGGUGUUCUUUGGAUGCAACUCAGCAUUCUUUGUCCUCCAAACACGACGAGUUGAGGUUUUACCAAAAAGUUAUAUUUUGGUUUCAUCUGACCAUAUGACAUUCUCCCAAUCCUCUUCUGGAUCAUCCAAAUGCACUCUAGCAAACUUCAGACGGGCCUGGACAUGUACUGGCUUAAGCAGGGGGACACGUCUCGCACUGCAGGAUUUGAGUCCCUGGCGGCGUAGUGUGUUACUGAUGGUAGGCUUUGUUACUUUGGUCCCAGCUCUCUGCAGGUCAUUCACUAGGUCCCCCCGUGUGGUUCUGGGAUUUUUCUUGUGAUCAUUUUGACCCCACGGGGUGAGAUCUUGCGUGGAGCCCCAGAUCGAGGGAGAUUAUCAGUGGUCUUGUAUGUCUUCCAUUUCCUAAUAAUUGCUCCCACAGUUGAUUUCUUCAAACCAAGCUGCUUACCUAUUGCAGAUUCAGUCUUCCCAGCCUGGUGCAGGUCUACAAUUUUGUUUCUGGUGUCCUUUGACAGCUCUUUGGUCUUGGCCAUAGUGGAGUUUGGAGUGUGACUGUUUGAGGUUGUGGACAGGUGUCUUUUAUACUGAUAACAAGUUCAAACAGGUGCCAUUAAUACAGGUAACGAGUGGAGGACAGAGGAGCCUCUUAAAGAAGAAGUUACAGGUCUGUGAGAGCCAGAAAUCUUGCUUGUUUGUAGGUGACCAAAUACUUAUUUUCCACCAUAAUUUGCAAAUAAAUUCAUUAAAAAUCCUACAAUGUGAUUAUCUGGAUUUUUUUUCUCAAUUUGUCUGUCAUAGUUGACGUGUACCUAUGAUGUAAAUUACAGGCCCCUCUCAUCUUUUUAAGUGGGAGAACUUGCACAAUUGGUGGCUGACUAAAUACUUUUUUCCCCCACUGUAUAUACACAUACACAUACUAAUCAGGGGGAAUGGGAACCAGGUGUGCGUAAUGAGACAAGACAGUCCGUGGUUGGUGGUAAUGAUCAAUGUCAGUGACACCUAGAAAGCUGGUGACGUAGACCUCCGGAACUGGUGAACGGAAUGAGCAGCAGUACCGGGGCGAUCCGUGACAGCUUCAUGACUUUAAAUAGUUUUGACUAUUAUGAUAACAUUGUGAUACCAGUAGGAGUAGAAACACCAAUGAUACAUUUUAGGUAAAUUUGGAUUUUCUUAAAUGGAGGCCACAGAUGGUCAUUAAACCUUUACAAAAAUAGACUUAAGUGAUAUGAUUAAUCACAAUGUAAUUUCCCUUCAUUUAAAUUGAGUAACACCAAGUGACACUGGAUUUAUGCACACAAAUUAUAAAUGGAAUCCUCAAAUUGACAUACUAAAAGGGUGUGAUUAGCUAGUAAUUUUCUUUAAUAUAGACCCCUCCCUUAUAACAGUUUGCCACUGGAGGGAAUGCUCAAAGUCUUUGUAUGAGUGAUUUUCCAUGCAGCAACACCAAUGACAUAAAACCUAGGGACACAUUAUAUUUGUUUUAAAAAAAAGUAUUUAAACAGUUAUUAGAUUUUAUAGAUAUAUAAAAUAUUUACAAUAAUUGUGUUUAUUUUCUAGCAUUUAAAAUAGAUAGAAACUUCUAAAUCCCCAAAACAUGUCACUACAACUCUUCUGGGUUACUACUGGGAUAAGCCAAUUUGCUUUCCCUAAGUACUUUAAACAAUGCAUAAACAUCAAGUUUUGCAGUAUAAAUGGCUCACUUUGUUUAAUCAAAAACAUGAUUGAUGUGUGGCAAUUUGUCAUUUUAAAGUGUUUUUCAUGGUUGCAAAGACGAGGGAUGCAAAUGCCACUGUAAUUCAAGAACGACCCAGGCGAUAGGCUAACCAGAGUUUGACAAUGACAACAUGCCCGUCAAUUCAAGUGAUCAGUCUGCCGCACAUAGGUUACAAUGUGUGUGGGCGGUAAAUUCAAUUGUUUGUCGUUUAUUGUAAUUACAACCGACAAAGGUUGUUUAUAGUUACAACAAUUUGGCGAAGUUUGUACACCAGACAAAGACGUCCAAUCAUGUGCAGGGUGAGUGAGAACAGGAAAGAGGGGCAAGUGGCAGCGGAAGGAGCAGCAUCUACCUAAUGCAGAAGGCUCGAUUGUUUACCUAUCUGGAAGAUGCUUCCAGAGAAUUCUGCCAAGCAUCCACUCCAUUAAAAUAAAGCCUGGGAAACACUUUUCUGUGAAAAAAUUAAAUAGUACAUUAGAUGUUAAAACAAUUCUUCAAAAAAUGUAAGUUUGGUCCUGUAAAAUCUUUUGGGAUGUUGAUACCAGGGACUUUAAGCAUGUGAGCAGUAAUAAGAGUCCUCACUUCAGAAUAAGAGUUCAUACUUAAAUCUCAAUUGAGAGUUUAUAAAGUUUAUUCAUGUUUCAGAUCCCAAAACCCAGCAAUUAGAAAGGUAGGCUAUUUGUUUAGGUAGGCUAUUCAUCACAUUUCUAUAUUUUUCUGUUUUGUUUUGCAGGAGUUGUCAUGGUGUUCUGUUCCUCUUUCCCUCCGGCAUGUGUGUACUACCUCUUGUGGUCUGUCUCCUACAUUUUGUUCCCAACAACUCUAUGGAGCUGCAAAGUGUAGUAGGCAUUAAAGGCCUUGCUACAAAUUCACACUCGCACAUGGCUUGUCAACAAGCCGUCCGGUGGGGUUAACUAAAGCGCCCAGACUGCUGCUGCUAGCUAUCCACAGCGGAUCGAAAAACAGAACGUAA